AUGGCGCUGGCCUUCGGCGCGGCCCACGCGUGGACGUUUGAUGCCUCGGAGGUGGCCCCGCCCGAAGACAUCGUGGGCGAGCACCAGCCGCUGCAGCGCUCCUGGACCGUGUCCAGCUUCGCGCAGCUGGAGCAGCUGUACCUGGCCAUCCCGGGCCGCGUGUUCGUGGACCUGGACCCUUCCCUGCUGCCGGCCACGGAGGCUCCUUCGACGGAGUCCCCUGCCACGGAAGCCCCCUCCACGGAAGCCCCCUCCACGGAAAUCCCCUCCACUGAAGCCCCCGUCACAGAGGCCCCGGGCGUUGUCCCAGGUGAGACACCCGGCGUCGUCCCCGGCGUCAUUCCGGGCGUUGUGCCCGGCUUCGUUCCUGGCGCUGUGCCCGCCGCCGGCUCGCUGAGCGGCUCCGGCUCGGAGUGGAACGACACCAACCUGGCAGGCGACACGAUCGAGAUCCCGACCAUGAUGCUGCGCAAGCACCACCACAAGCACGAAGACGACGACGAGCAGCAGGGCGAGGAGACCGUCGUGGCCAAGAUCGUGGUCACCGGUAACUCGACCGACCUCCUCAACAUGAUCGAGGCUGCACCUCUGCACCCGCGCCGCAAUGACGGUCUCAAGCUCCACCUGAAGAACGAGGACGCGUACGGCGAGGGCUACGUGCUGACGCAGAUCUACCUGUUCGAGAAGAACCUGCUGCGCCGCGUAACCACGGCGUUCUCGGGCGACGUGGUGCUGAACGAGAACGUGGUGACGCUGGACGACGCCGAGGCGGACGUCAAGCUCGCGUGCGUGGGAGACGCCAACCUGUACCUCGAGUCCAGCUCGAACGCCACCUUGGCGUCGCUGGAGGUGGAGGUGACUGGCAGCGGUCUGGCGCAGCUGGAGAUCCCCUCGGUGAACCUGGAGAGCAGCCUGGAUGUGGAAGUUGCUGGUAGCGGCUCUGUGGCUCUCGUCACAGACGCUCUGGCGGCAGGUGAGGUGAAGACUACGCUUUCCGGCUCGGGCAACAUCGUGGUGGAUACGAGCGACCUGGAGGCGCAGAAGCUCGAUGCGUCGGUGUACGGCUCUGGUAUUUCCAGCUUCGCUACGGCGGGUGCUGUGGACAAGGAGACCUUGACGUUGUCGGGUCCCGGCCAGCUGCUUGCUGGCUCGAUUGUUGCGCGCAAGUCGGAGGUGGACGUGUGGGGCGACGGUGACAUGUUGGUGCAGGUGACCGACAAGCUGACGGUGUCCACAUCCGUGUGGGGCAAGGUGGGCUACGUGAACGCUCCGCCUACGGACGUCAAGAUCAAGGGUUGGUGGUUCUGGCGCGAGGCCAGCUCUAUCGUAUACCCUGCGGCGGUGAACAAGGUGCUGAUCUACGAGCCGGCGGCUGUUCCGGCCAAGUACCCGGUGUACUAUUCCAUCGAGACGGCCGAGUCGGCGUUGUCGGACGACCCGGACUACGCGUUUGUGUCGGCUGAGCCCUCCACGCUGGUGAACUUGAUGACCACGUCGCUGUCGAGUGUGCAGCAGGCGGCCGGUGCCACUACAAGCGGCUCGAACGGCCUGUUCUACGCGUUUGUGGGCGUGGGCGUCGUUGUGGUGAACGUGGCGGCCGCUCGCUCGUGGGCGCAGCGUCGCGCGCGUCGCCACUACACGCGUCUCCUGUAG